CUAAUUUCUAAAUUGUAGCUGAAAGUGUUACCUUUUCUACAUUAUUGAUGUCCUUGCUCUUUAUGAAUCAAAACUUACUGAUCUUCUACUUUAAAUGGAAAAGAAGUUUUUGAUUAAGCUUGAUCAAUAGUGAAGUUGUCUGUGUUUAUUAAGUGAUCAUGACUUUUGAAAACAUCCUAUAUAUAUUUGAAAUAAAAAUCUUUGUGUAAAAUAGAAAAUCAAAUAUUAUUAAAUUCAACAAUAGAUUUAAUAAAUUUACGAAAAGAUCAUCGAUUUGCAAAUGCAACUCAAUUAGAACAAUCAUUUUCUAAUUCUCGAUCAGAACAAAAUAAUGCAAAUUUUUAUCAUUUAGUGAAACCAAGUGAUCGUGAAGAUGAUGAUCGAACAUUAAUGACAAAUAAACUUGUUUCAGAAGUUUAUUUAACACGUUUAUUAGCAACAAAAGGUUCAUUACAACACUAUAUUGAUAAUUUUUUUGAUACAGUUUUUUGUCUUGUUGAUUUACCGUUACCAAUUAAAUAUUUAUUUGAUUUUCUUGAUGAACAAGCUGAAUAUUAUCAAAUAUUUGAUUCAAAUAUUAUUCAUACUUGGAAGAGUAACAGUUUACCAUUAAGAUUUUUUGUUAAUAUUAUUAAAAAUCCUGAUUUUAUAUUUGAUGUUCAAAAAACAAAUGUUAUUGAUGCAUCUUUAUCAGUUAUUGCUCAAAUGUUUAUGGAUAGUUGUGCUGCUGGUACUCAUCAAUUAACAAAAGAUUCACCAUCAUCGAAACUUUUAUUUUAUCGUGAUGUACAAAAAUAUAAAAAACUUGUAGAAAAAUAUUAUGACGCUGUUUCUUCUCUUCCUCCUGUAUCUAUUAAUGAUCUUGAUCAAAAUGUGAUAUUGAUGAAAGAACAAGAAUAUCAAAAUUCAUCAAAUAGACGAGCGAAUGACUUUAAUAGAACAUAUGCUUUAUUUAAAUUAUAUAAUGAAUUUAUUAGUCAAUAUAAGACUAAUUUACGAAUAGCAAUAACAAAUGAUCUUCAUGAUAAUCAGUAUCGAUUAGCAGCAUUAUUUGAACAGAUUGUUACUUUUAUGGAUAGUUUUGAACUUGAUAUUUAA